AUGUCGAGCCAAGCCAACACCACUGAAUUAUUCUCCUCCUUCCUUGGAUUUAUGGAAGCCUGCGCGCUCUCCGUUAUCCAGCUAUACACAUUGUUCUGGACCAAUCCUGAGAAACGGAUCACCAAUGCUGCUCAGAGUCCCACAAAGGCAAUCGAUAUUUCUCAAGCCCUACAGCCCAUGACGCCUCAAAUCACCACUGAAGCAUUGGUGGUAGCUGGGAGGUGCCGACCCAGGGGCAAGGUUACCCAGCCCCAAGCAGGGAAGCCCCCGCCCAGCAAACCGUCUCGCCCACAGCAAGCUCCGAGUCCGCCGAAGUAG